CGCGCGUACACGCGUGUGUCAGUGUGCGUGCGUCAGUGCGUGCAUGUGCACAGUCGAGCUUGCCAGUGUGCGUGUGUGUGGCCGUCUCACGUCGAUUUAGAAAUUUGCUCGUGCCCGUGCCCGCAGUUUGCCGUUCGCCGUUCGCCGUUUUCGCCUUGUGUGUGGUGUGUCUACUCCGUAUAGUCUGCCAAUCGAGACCAGCUCCGCUUCCGAGCAGCAGCAGAAGAGGCAUCGCAUCUCAGCUCAGCUCCGCUCAGCUCGCCGAUCCACAGAUCCCGCAGUCCGGUGCAAUUCACGGCCAGGCGAAAACCCAGUCCCAGUCAGCAGCUGAGGAAGAACAAGAACGACCAAGCAGAAGAAGAAGCAGCAGGCCGAAGAGAGGAGCAGCCGCAGCCUUGCAGAGAUGCCUUCCAGCGAUCCCCUGCCGCCCAAGGAGGGUGCGCUCUUCCGCAAGCUACUUAAAUGCUACGAACUGAAGCAGUACAAAAAUGGCCUCAAGCUGGCCAAGCAGAUCCUGUCCAACCCCAAGUACACGGAGCACGGCGAGACGCUGGCCAUGAAGGGGCUCACCCUGAACGGACUGGGGCGCCGCGAGGAGGCCUACAAGUAUGUGCGUCUGGGUCUGCGCAACGACCUGCGCUCCCACGUCUGUUGGCACGUCUACGGACUGCUCCAGCGUAGCGACAAGAAGUACGACGAGGCCAUCAAGUGCUACCGCAACGCGCUCAAGUGGGAGAAGGACAACCUGCAGAUCCUGAAGGACCUGUCGCUCCUCCAGAUCCAAAUGCGCGACCUCGAGGGCUACAAGGAGACGCGCCACCACCUGUUCACGCUGCGUCCCUCGCAGCACGCCUCCUGGAUCGGUUUCGCCAUGAGCUACCAUCUGCUGCGUGACUACGACAUGGCCAACAGCAUCCUGGAGACGUUCAGCCAGUCGCAGACGUCGAUUGAGGCGCACGAUUACCGCCACUCGGAGCUGCUGCUCUACCAGAACCAGAUACUCAUCGAGUCGGAUCGUCUGCAGCAGGCCGUGGACCACCUGACCAAGUACCAGGCCCAGAUCGUCGACAAGCUGGCCGUUCGCGAGACCAUGGGCGAUCUGUACAUUAAGCUGCAGCAGCAGGAGAAGGCUGUGCCCAUCUUUGAGUCUCUGAUCCGCCGCAAUCCAGAGAACGUGCUCUACUACGAGCAGUACAUUGCCGCCCGCCAGGUGACCGACUCAAGUGCCGUCGUGUCGAUUUAUCGCGUGUUCCAGGAGCAGUAUCCGCGCGCCCUUUGCCCUCGCCGCCUGCCUUUGAACAUCGCCAACGGCGCCGAGUUCCGCGUCGUGACCGACGAGUACCUGCGCCGCGGUCUGCGUAAGGGCAUUCCGCCGCUAUUUGUCAACGUGCGCACUCUACACCAGAUACCGGAGAAGGCGGCCGUCAUCGAGGAGCUGGCGCUGCAGUAUUUCGAGAACCUUACCCGUUCCGGCCACUUUUCUCGCGAAGAUGCCGACGCCGGGGUUCCCGUCGAGCCGGCCUCGGCGCUGGUGUGGACGGCACUGUUUCUGGCGCAGCACUACGACUACAUGCGUGAUACGGACCGCGCUCUGGAGUACAUCAAUGUGGCGAUCGACCAUACGCCAACACUCAUUGAGCUGCUUAUCACCAAGGGUCGUAUCUUUAAGCAUGCCGGCGAUCCCGUGGAGGCGUACGUCUGGCUGGAGGAAGCCCAGAGCAUGGACACGGCGGAUCGCUACAUCAAUUCGAAGUGCGCCAAGUACAUGCUGCGCGCCAACAUGGUGCAGGAGGCAGAGGAGAUCUGCGCGAAGUUCACCCGCGAGGGUGUCUCCGCCAUGGAUAACUUGAACGAGAUGCAGUGCAUGUGGUUCCAGACGGAGUGUGCCCUGGCCUAUCAGCGCAUGGGUCGCUGGGGCGAGUCGUUGAAGAAGUGCCACGAGGUGGAGCGCCACUUUGCCGAGAUCGUCGAGGACCAGUUCGAUUUUCACACCUACUGCAUGCGUAAAAUGACGCUGCGUGCCUACGUUGGCCUGCUGCGACUGGAGGACGUGCUGCGCCAGCAUCCAUUCUAUUUCAAGGCGGCCAAGUGCGCCAUCGAGGUGUACAUUCGUCUGUACGACAAGCCGCUUAAGUCAGAGACAACCAUUGAAGAGAUUGACAUUGAGAACCUGCCCCCCUCGGAACUGAAGAAGCUGCGCAGCAAACAGCGCAAGGCCAAGAAGAAAGCCGAGCUGGAGAGUGCGCAGGCCGCACAGGCGCAGGUGAAGCGCGAGCAGCACCAGAAGUCGAAGCAGCAGGCGAACCAGGAGACCGACCCCGAUGCUCCGCAGUUGGACGAGCUGGUGGCCGAAAAGCUGGAGCGCACGGACGAUCCGCUGGAGAAGGCCAUCGACUUCUUAAAGCCGCUGCAGCAGCUGGCUAAGGAGCGCAUCGAGACGCACCUGCUGGCCUUCGAGGUGUACUACCGCAAGAACAAACUGCUCCUAAUGCUGCAGUGCAUCCGGCGCGCUCGCGCCGUCGACCCCGCGCACCCCGAAGUCCACAGCUGCAUUAUUCGCUUCGUUAAGUCGUUGACCAUCGCCGCCAAGGAGCAGCCGUUCAAUGAGCACGUACAACAGGUGCUGGACAAGGCCACCAAAGAACUGAUAGGCAGCAAGACGCCCCAGCAGCUCAACGACGAGUUCAUUGCCAAACACAACGCUUCCAUACUGCAUUUAUACGAGGGCGCCCGCAGUCUGUACGAGCUGGACAAUAGUAAAAAGGCCGCCGCCAUCAAGCUGGUCACUAGCUUCAACCUGACCAAGCUCCGGCUGGAGGAGGCCACCAAAAUCUACACAGCGUUGCGGGACGGCGAUGUGUUUGGCGAGUGCGAGGCAGAGGCCGCUUCCUACCAGCAGGCGUGCCACGAGCGCUUCCAGUACGCCCGAAUCUUUCGCAAUGUCGAGGAGCUGGAGGCUCAGCUGCAGGAGAAGGAGGCCGCCAAGCUGCGCGCGGAGGAGGAGCAGCAGCAGUUGAUUCACGUUGAUUCUAGUGAACCGGUGUCUGUUUUGGCAACGGCAGCGGCAGCGUCUUAGGACCAAACAAGACUGCUAACUGAUACCCGGGCCUGCAAAGUUAGUAACAGCAACCACAGAUCUGCGGCCACCACACCAACAAACACAACAAAAGCAACAAUAACGAGAAGUGAAGCGAACCUAACUAACAACCAACAAUAUGAACAGGAAUAAGCUUAGCUCUAUAAACAACGGCAACCACAAUAAAAUUCACUAUUAACAACAACAAACCAAGUGCUAUGAUGAGGAGGCCACGCCGCUCUAGGCAUGGCCGAGUUUAUCUGAUCGGAUCGGAUCUGAUCUGUGGCGGCGGUUGGCUUGGCGGUGUGCCCUUCCCGUCACCCGUCCGCAAGGCAGAUCCACACGGCAUCCUACAAUGCAUCCUACAAUGGUUUCGGCCGAGGACGAGUCGAUGAGGAAUCCGGUGCGACAUGGUGCGAAGGUGAUAUGUGGGAGUCGCACGUCGAACGUCCGGCACCGCGAACCAUGUAGUAAUCCAAGUUGUUGUAUCCACUGUUGUGGGAUUUCUAAAACUGAAUCAAAUGGAACCUUUGUUGACAACACCCGCUGGCUUUCUUAACAACACCUUAUUUUUUAUUAUUUUUAACGAAUGCAUUGUAUGUACAUAUGAAGUCGUAAUUAAUUAUACGCAAAUCAAAACCUUAA